AUGAAUCUCAUUGGUAGAAGCAAGACGAACAGUGCCCGCCUCCAAAGGUUUACAGUGCUGGUGGGUUGGAAUUUGAUGAUGAUCUCUCUCGUUCUAUUGGGGUUUAGAAACGGAUGGGUGAAAGCAGACUGUAAUGGAGUAUUGAGUGGAAAGGAUAGUACCAUGUAUUGCGAUACGGUUGAAAUUCAAGGUCUUUCGUUUUGUUCCAUGAUGAACGGAAAGUUCACGGAUAAGGCUUUCUUUAUCAAGCAUGUUCAAAAUUCAACCACCACCUAUGCCGAGUAUAUGGACAACUACCUUAAAACUUUAUUUGAUGAAACGAAAUCUUAUUUAACUAGUUUGGGAAGCCCUAUUUGUGAUCAGUGCUUCGAGAGAAUGAAAUUUGCAUACUGUGCUAAUGCAUUCCCUAAGUAUGGAUAUGUUUCAUGUAUUAGCAAUGAGUUGCUGACAUAUCUUGGAGAAAUGGGAAAAGCUUGUAGUGGAUUCUGUUGUGCUGAAACUUCGGGUUUAUGUGUUGUGGAUGAAGCAGGAAACACUUGCGACACAAAACCUCUCUCAGUCAAGGAAAAUGUUGCUACUCUUACAUGCAUGACACCCUAUCUAGGAAAACUUUUUUCUAAGCUGUCUUCUUGUAAUCAACACUUCGUCGCCUUAGACAUCUGCAAAGACGUUUUGUCUACUUGCGACUGCUCAAACGCACCUUCCAACUUUGAAACUACCUGUAAAAGAUUUUUCACCGACGCAGGCACAAAGUUUGAUAAUUAUCCAACUAGUGGUGUUUGCAGCAAUGUUGUCAAUCCUGGGUGGUGCAAGGCCGGAAGAAGAUCGAAUUUGGCUGAAAAGUUUGAAGAUUCUGUAACAGAUGUUCGACAAAAGAUGCUCUCCUUUUUAGAUCCCGUACUUCACAAAGCCAAUCAAUACGUUCCAACCACUGAUCCUUUGAAAGCAGAUAUUGCAAAAGCAUCCAUUGGUACACCUGUGCCUUUCAUUUACCCAACCCUCAAAAGAGUCACCUUCGGCCCACCUUACGAUGACGGAUCCAUUAAAUACCGUCUUGCUUGCUCUGGUGACAAGUGUGUUGUGGCAUGCACUAAUCCAAAGUCCUACGUUUACAAUCCAUAUGCUGAAAAAGACUCUGGAACUUGUAAUCUUGAUCCUUUUUACAUGCUUACCCUUCUUGCUGAAAAUGCAGUUGUGAUUGGUGUUGUUGUUUCCUUGGUAAUUCUUUUCCUUUUGUGCAUCACUGGUGUCAUUGUUGGUUUCUGUAUUUUCUGUUGUUGCUGCAGGGACAGAAGAAAAUUGGCAAAACAAGGCAGAAGAGAACGUUUGGACAAGGACAAAAAAACAAGCCGUCUCCAAAAUGCUGCUGAUAAGUUCUUAAGCAAAUUCUAG